ACACGUUGUUCAAUCUGGCAUUUGAAUAAGUCUUGACUUGAAUAAGAUCGCACACAACACACAAAGACGAAAAACCACAUCAAAACCGCCAUCAUGUUGCUCUCGGAAGAACCAGCAACCCUCAUCCACCACACAAUCAACAACUUCAACAUCAACCCGGACAAGCUCGCCGUCUCGCGCAUCACAGAGUCCCUCUCAACUCUUCAGCAAGCCCGUGACCUCCGCGCCCGCGAGGCCGAGACGGCGCUCAAGAAGCUCUCCCGCCAGCUCGCGACCCACACGUCCCGCCACGAUGACCUCGUAACUUCGCACUCGUCGGCGGACCACGCGUCAAACAUUGCGCGGCUCGAUACGCUGAAGUUUAGAACUGCCAAGGCUGCUGCUGAUGCUGAAACGGAGGCUGAGCGGCUUGCUCUCGCUGCUGCGGAUCUAAAGGCGCGGCUGCACGAGCUGGAGCUCCAGGGUGUUGAGGGUGAUGCGGCUGCCGCGGCCAGACGAAGAGAUCCCGUUGAUGACGAGGUGCUUCUGAGACUCAAGGUGUAUCGUAGCCUGGGCAUCGACCUCGAGAGGGACGAAAGAGACGGGGAGUGGUCCAAGGCGGUGAUACGGAACGACCGCAAGGGUGACGUCCACGUGGUCAACAUGGACAAGAAGUUUUCUCGCUUCUUUUACGCAAACUACUUCUGGCAGACUCUAUAAAGGCAGUGUCACAGAUGUGUAAUGUUUCAUGAUGGAAGGACUGGCGUUGAGGGCGUUAGAUAUACCAGGAUAACGACGAGUCGUAC